AUGGCUCCUCACGCCAACAACACUGAUGGAGGAGAAGGAAGCAACGGUGAUGACUAUCGCCUUCCCAACACCGUCUACAAGGCUCCGUCUCGUGCGGCUUCUGAGCACAAUCUCAUCACUCCCGAGGGAGGAAACGCCGCUGUUCAGCAGGGCGGACCCGUUCAGCCCAUCAAUGGAGCUGCUAUCAACACCGGACCAGAUGCCAAUGCCGCUUCCGUUUCCAACAACUUGAACGCCAACAUGAUCAUCAACGGCAACAAUGUGGCCAACGGCAACGUUUCUCACACUGGAUCUACCGGUCGGCGAUCCGUUUCGGCUCCUCUCACUACCCUCGACCGCAACGGAGUCGGUUUCGUUUGGGGCGGCACCAACCAGCCCAACCGUUCCCUCAGCACUGGUCCCUGGACCGAGGGAUUCAGCCAGGUCAUGAACCAGCGCCAGCAGCAGAACGGCCGCGGAUGCAUCCCAUCCCCCAUUGGAACUUGUCACGCUGCUGCCAACAUUGCCGGCACUGCCUCUUCUACCCUUGUCGACGGCGGUAUCGUUCAGAAUGGCGCCGCUUCUGCGCCCCUCCCUACUGCCGACACUCCGACUACCCCUUCGUCCGACGCUCAGACUCUCGCUGAGACCGUCGAGAACGUCGUGGAGCAGCAGCUUGCCUCCGCUCUCGGUCCUCUUCGCAUCAUCAUCAACAGUCUCAGCCAGAGUAUUCAAGCCACGCGCCAGGAGAACUCAGAUUUCCAUGAGCAGAACAACAUUCUCAGCCGCCAACUUGAUCUCCAGUAUCAGCAAAUCCAGCAGCAUUCGGACAAUGCCAACGCCCAGAUCCGAGCUCUUCUCAACCUCAUUGAAACUCAGACCGGCAAUAUUCAGGGCAAUACCCAGAACAAUGGCCAGAGCGUCAGCACUGAGACCAAUAACGAUCUCAUGAACCAGAUCACUCAGAUGGUUGCGGCUACCGCUGAUACCAACGACGAUCUCGUGAGCCAGAUCACUCAGAUGGUUGCCGCUACCGCUGAGACCAAUGACGGUCUUGUGAACCAGAUGAUCCAGAUGGUUGCCGCUACUCCCCGCUACAUGAGCAGCGUCAUGCAGCAUUUGACUAUGACCGCUAUGCUUCCGGUUCAGACUCAGGCGCUUCAGCAGUCUGUUCUCCAGGCUGUCCAGGCUACCGUUCAGCACGCGAUUCAGACCACUGUCCGGCUUGCCAUUCAGGACGCAGUUCAGAACACAGUCCAGAAUAUCCACGACACGGUUCAGCAGUCCGUCCAGGCUGCUGCUUAUGAAGCCGCGACCACUCAGACACGCAACGCUCUCGAGGUCGUUGUCGGCACCCAGCGAGAGGCAUUUGACAACGUCCUCCGCUUCCACAUCCAGCGCUCCAUCGAGUCUGGAUCAGACCAGACGCAAGUCGGAACUCCCGACAGUCUUAAUGCCGAGACUUUCGGCAACUACGGUCUUGGUCUCGUUGAUGGCACCGCCCAUCACGAGAACUUUGACGACGAGACGGCCGACACGGCCACUGCCCUCGAUGAGGCCCAGCUUCUCGACAAUGAGAAGCCGGCCAAGCGAUGCGGCAAGAUCAAGGCCUUCUUCAAGAAGGUCUUCAAGUUCGGCGGCAACUAA